ACUGUUACAGCUAAUAACACACAUAAACAUAUCAACCCACAAAUUUUGCUAUCCCUUCUCUAAACUUUACGCGUGGAUACCCAGUUUCUCUCUUAUAAAUAAACCCCCUCACUGUACAACUCUUCUUUCUCUCUUUUCCAUUCUUGCAACUUCUUUUGUAGCCAUUCAAGAAAUAGUGAAAAUCAUAAAAGAUUUUAUCUUUUUGUGGACUGGAGUUUGUGGGGGGGUCAAAGAUCUUAACUUGUAAGUAUUUGGGUUUCUUGGGAUUAAAGAUUUGAACUUUUUUUCAUUUUAUAUUUUGGGUAAACUUGGUUUUCUUGAAUUGGUUGGUGUGGAAAGAGGGAGAGGAGAUUUGUGGGGUGAAAAUAUCUGUUAAAGGGAAGGAGGAUGAGGGAUGAGAUAGUGGGGUACAAAGAAGAGGAAAAUUACAAGAAAGAAGAAGAGAGGGAAAUGGUUGGUGGAGGGUUAGUAGAGUCUAAGAAAUUUGUUGUGGUGGGUUAUGCUCUUACUUCUAAGAAAGUUAAGAGCUUUUUGCAGCCUAAGCUUGAAGGUCUAGCUAGGAGUAAGGGGAUAUUAUUUGUUGCUAUUGAUCAGAGCAAACCCCUUUCAGAUCAAGGUCCUUUUGACAUUGUGCUCCAUAAGUUGUCAGGAAGCAAGUGGCGGCGUAUUCUUGAGGUUGGUUCAUUGGGAAGCUUUCUAUGUGAAUAUAGGCUAACACAUCCAGAUGUGACAGUUCUUGACCCUCCGGAGGCCAUACAACACAUAUACAACCGCCAAUACAUGCUUGAAGAUGUUGCGGACCUGAAUUUGUCGGACACCUAUGGGGAAGUUGGUGUUCCCAGGCAACUGGUUAUUGAGAAAGAUUCUUCAUCUAUUCCAGAUGCAGUAGGUAAAGCUGAGCUGAGACUACCUAUUGUUGCAAAGCCUUUGGCUGCCAAGUCCCAUGAGUUGUCUCUAGCCUAUGACAAAUUCUCUCUUCAGAUGCUAGAACCCCCACUUGUGCUACAGGAAUUUAUCAACCACGGAGGAAUUCUGUUUAAAGUAUACAUUGUUGGGGAAGCAGUUAAGGUUGUUAGACGAUUCAGUUUACCUGAUAUUAGCAAGCGUGAGCUGUCAACAAACCCUGGGGUUUUUAGAUUCCCAAGAGUUUCUUGUGCUGCUGCAUCUGCAGAUGAAGCAGAUUUAGACCCUUGUGUCGGGGAGCUUCCUCCGCGGCCAUUACUUGAAAAGCUUGCUAAGGAACUUCGACGUAGACUGGGUCUCCAUCUCUUCAACUUGGAUAUAAUUAGAGAGCUUGGAACCAAAGACCGAUAUUAUGUCAUAGAUAUUAAUUACUUUCCUGGUUAUGGGAAAAUGCCAGAGUAUGAGCACAUAUUCACUGAUUUUCUCCUGAGCCUUGUGAAGCAGAAACAAUGAGAAAUUUGUGAAAAUCUGCUCCUCGUUAACUAUUACUUCAAACGGAACUGCUGGGAAGGAAUCUCCUGCGCAAUUUCUGUAAGCUGAUCGGAGACAGUGGUGGAAAGUGCAGAAGAGCUCUCUCGAUAACGGUUGCUACUUUGGAAGCUUUUGCCCCUUUUGGUACACGAUUCCAAUUAAGUGAGCUUGGGGUCUUUUUUGUUUCCCGUCUUUGAAUAAUUGAUAGAUUCAAGAAAAGCUUUGAGGCCUUGGUAAAUGUUGUCUGGAGGGCAAAUAAUUGGGUUUCAUACUUUGUAAAUAUGCCAUUUACAGUAGGAACAUAAAAUGUACAUUGUUGGCUCGUCUAAUCUACUGGAUAGUUUGGUUUUGAUCGGAAUGGUUGUUGCGACAUAGUUCAAAGGAUUCCGAUGUUGAAUGAGCGAGUAUAUUGCCUUAAUGCAAAUACAAACAUAGCUACUGUUUUCUCAUUCA